UCAUUACCAUUGGCAACCCUGCAAGAUUCUUUGGAGUUACUAAAGAAACUAAAAGAUGGUUUAGAAAGAUUUGUUUGUGAAUUGAAACUGUGAAACAAAAAAAUAUAUAUUGUUGAUUCUGUUGAUUUAAUCUACACACGAGUUGAACGUUCGUAAAUUACAGGUUAUAAACUCACUAUUCUCUGACAGCACCGAACUUGAUUUGCUCUUUACACAUUUAACUUCAAAACUGCUGAAAGCAAUUGUGGAUAUAAUAAAGUCAUAUGUGAAGUACUUGUCCGAAUAAAUCUGCUUCAUUGGAAAAUAAAAUAUCAAGCUCAUCGGGACAUGUGUACAGUGAUAUAACGUCAAAAAAUGCAAUGUUCCGUAAAUUAUGCGGAUACGCCAUACACAGUUCCGCUGUGUUCCUCAGAGAAUAUAGAUGAUGAUUAAUAUUGCGCAUUUAAGCGAUUAGAUUGGGAAAAGUGCAAAUGUAUGAUGUCGCAGCAUGGAUCACGGCCGAAGUAUCGGUCAUCAUUACAACAAGAAGGAACGAUGGAUCUUUUCAUUGAAACACUUACGGGAACAGCAUUCGAAAUGACAGUGUCACCCUUCGAUACAAUAAUGUCCAUCAAAUCUAAAAUCCAACGAGUUGAAGGAAUCCCUGUUUCUCAGCAACAUCUUCUGUACAACCUACAGGAACUUGAUGACUCUUCAUGCUUGAUAGAUUAUUCAAUUAAAGAUGGAGCAACACUUAAGCUUGUGCUCUCGAUGCGUGGAGGACCAAUCAGCACAAGACGGCUUCCACCGACUGAUGAUACCACCUGGAAAGAAUUAAGAGACUUUGUUGAAAGUAACAGGGAGGAUGUUUUUGAACAUUUACCACCAGGAUGUCGUGUUACAGUUCUUGUAUUUAAGGAUGGCGAUCAUGUUAAUUUGUUUAGGGUGAUUGAAAAUGGCGAUGGAACUUAUUCUCCGCUUUCUGAAUCUUGGAGCGGCUCAUCCAUUCGAAAUUUGUUUGCUGAGGAUGAUCCAGAAGAAAAUGCAAAAAAGUUCCAUGAGAAUUCUGUUACAAUGGGAAAAAUGCGUGACCUGCGUAGUAAGAUGGAAGCAUUGUCACUUCAGAGAAAGCAGCCCAAGAAGUCUGCACCAAGAGUACUCUCGGCAAAGAAGUCAUUACUUCAUGUUCGUAAAGGGACACCAAGACCGUGUAACAAACCAUCCUCACAAGAACAGAGGGAGGACGUGAAAGGAAGAGCAUCACAGAAUUUUCUUCAACUUCCACCACUGGUGUCACCACCACCACCACCACCACCACCACCACCACCAGCACCAGCUUCAUCAUUAUCAUCAUCAUCAGCAGCAGCAGCCACACCAGCAACGUCAGCAGCAAAUCCAUCCAUGCGAUUUCGACUAGCUCCUUUAAAUACCAGCCUUAGUUCUAAGACUGCUGUGGAUGCAAAUCAGCCAGACUGUUGUGAAGAAAAAUCUCUGGAUAAUAAACAGAACUUUCAACUCCUAAAUAACAGUAAUCAGAUUCACCAUACUUUAAAGAAAGAACCAAAAGAAUUAGAAAAAUUACACAGUCUUUCACCUUUGGCAUCUAGCACAGUUAAACACAUAAUAAACAAAAGAUCAAGUUACUCAGGAGUUCACAGUGGUAGUAGUUCUAGUCGCGAUAAUGUCCAGAAAAAUAGUGAAUGGAAUAGAAGAAGUCUGCCAUCAUUGGAGAAGCACAAGUCGGAAAUGAAAAGGUCAGGUAAACAGUCUGUUAAUCAUGUUAUGGUUAACAGAGGUAAGAAUACAAAUGUCUUGGGCACUUCAAAUAUAGCGAUUGUUGAAGAGGAAGGUGAUUCCAGUGCUGUAAAUGUAGACCCAGAUUUUUCACCACCAUCAAAUGCCAUACCAGUUCCUUCAAAAGAAGCAACCACAUUUACUUUGUCUCAGGUUCCACGAGAGAGAAUAACAUCUGUUGGUAGUGGUAGGUAUCGUGUGUCUCGUCUUGUUUUGGAUGAAGAAUGCCGUCCAAAAACGUCCCCUGACAAACUAUCACAGCAUGAAAAAUCAACUCUUGAAAUGUGGGGAAUUUUGACAGACACAAAGUGGCAUAGGCAUCGUAGACGGUCAUCUCAUUGUAAUUCAAGUGUUGAUUUACUUGGAUUCCCUGCCAAUAAAAACAAGGACAAUGAGAACCCUGUAGCUCAUAACAGAGUAAGCGAUGAGAAGCCAGUGUCAUUCAGGUCAUCACUGUCUGAUCUACCAGCACGUUCACCAAAGUUUGGUCGAAGAAGUUUGAAUAGCAGUGUGGAUGUCACCAAAGAACAGAAAAGAUCAGAAUGGUACCAACCAAUGGCAGCAGAAAGAUCUGUGCGUAAGCCACUGCUUCAUCUUAGCCCAAAAAUGAAUUCAGAGGGAAAUACUCUACAGAUUCUACCAGUCCUUGAAACAAAGUUACCUCAUUUGUCUGUUCCUGAGGCACCACUUCCCAAGAAACCUAUGCGCAUUCGUUGUGCUGAAUGCAAGAAAAGGCUUAACAUUACUAACACAUACACGUGCCGUUGUGAGAAAACCUUCUGCUCUGCACAUCGCUACUCGGAAUUGCACAGCUGCACUUACGAUUACAAGUCUGAGGGCCGAAAGCUGUUGGAACAGUCUAAUCCACUGGUAACUGCACCAAAACUUCCCAAGAUUUAGUUCACAUGGAAAAAUGGGCGUUCAUUUAAAAAAAUCUUCCAGAAAUUGUAUGUAUAUAAUGUAAAGCUUGUUGUCUAGUGUACUCAAAGGUAAUGUAAACUGUAAUAUUAACUUUUUUUUGACAAAUCAGUUGCUGCCUUUUGUAUUGUCCUGAUGGCUUUGCUAUUAAUGAAGUACUGUUGUUCAACUUCUGUUAAUUUGAUUAAAUUUUUUAUCAUUCAGAUAUAUUUUCUUUCCUGGUGGUGCAUCUAAAUACCACACACACACACACACACACACACACACACACACACACACACACACAAAUUUUUAACAAAUUUUCUCAGCAAAAUAUUCUUAGAAUAUUGGAUAUACAAAGAAUUAAAGAAUUUUUAUAGGUAUAUUGAGUCUUGAGUCUGAAAAAGUUUAGAACUUUGGGAUAAUAUAAAACUUCUGCUGUCCAAGCUGUAUGAUUUUCAAUGUUGACAUUGAUGUAGUGUUUCAGAUUCAGAUCAAAUUUUCUCCAACUUCUGUGCUUCUCAAGGUGUUCUCCUGUAAUUGGCUUUGAAAUAUAAACACAGUAUUAAUUAUUACUGAGCUGCCAAAAAGUAUUUGUAAAGAACUGUCCAUUACAACAGUACUUAAAGUGUUAUAAGAUACAAAUGUUAGCUAAUAAAUUCUGUGAUCUAUGUAAGCAUAAUAAACUAUUUGCAUUGUUGUUUUUCAUAA